GUUUAGUUAGUCAUCGCCUUCGUGAAGAUUCAGAAUCUCUUGGAAUCUGGCGCCCCCAGUCACAACUCAUUCAAUUUCAAGUUGUCCAAAUUCUCACUUCUUUCUGGACACAUCAGAGCGCUAUUGCUGCCUUUCUUCUGAAGCUUGAAUCGUCCUCUUCCCUCCUCUCACGAUGGCCAACACUGAGCAGACCUACAUUAUGAUCAAGCCGGAUGGAGUGCAGAGGGGCCUGGUCGGUGAGAUCAUCAAGCGCUUCGAGCAGAAGGGCUUCACGCUCAGGGCUCUUGAGCUCAAGAUGGUGGACCGCGCCCUGGCUGAGAAGCACUAUGAGGACCUCUCCUCCAAGCCUUUCUUCGCCGGGCUGGUUGACUACAUCCUGUCGGGCCCCGUUGUUGCCAUGGUGUGGGAGGGCAAGGGCGUUGUGCUGACUGGCAGGAAGAUCAUUGGCGCCACCAACCCCGCCCAGUCAGAGCCGGGCACAAUCCGUGGUGACUAUGCGAUUGACAUUGGCAGGAACAUCAUCCACGGAAGCGACGCUGUCGAGAGCGCACAGAAGGAGAUUGCUUUGUGGUUCCCUAGCGGCGUCGCUCACUACGCCACUGCCCUGGCCCCCUGGAUCUACGAGAAGCCAUAAAGGAGUCACUUUGACUGCACAGGCAAUAAAGGUACGUUGGAACCAGAGAGUACUUAAGCACGCGGGAUGUUCUUUCUUUGACCCAAAAUAUGGACAAUUUUGUUCUGGACGUUGAGAACUGCCUUCUGUAUGUGGUCAACGGCUGCAUCCUUAGAGUCGGCGUUACUAUGUGGUUGGCAUAUGAAUGCUGAUGCAGCUAGAUGCGCCAGCAUAUCAGCAUGAUUUGGAGCAGUCUCGUUGGACUGUGGCAUCAAGGGAAUGAUGGCAGACUUUUGAGCAUGGUUUGGGCAAUGGUAUGAAACGGAGAAUAAACAGAGCUCAAGGCUUGAUCCACGGUUUCCAAAGUUCUAUGCCAAAGCUUAUCUGCCCAAGCCUAUAUGCUUGUUGACUUGGC